AUGAAAUUUGUCUUCAUCCUAAUCAGCUUGAGCAUUCAAAUACAUGCCAUAAGUCUCCAAUUGAAUUAAGUUGGUGGUUGUACUUGUGAGAUGUCCUCAGUUUAAACAGAAUGCAUACCUACAACUUGUGAUUGGGAUGCUACAACUUCAAAAUGCACUCGCAAAACUUGUGAUAAAUUUACAGUUUAAAUGUGUGAUCAAUUACAAGACUAUCUAAAAUGUGCUUGGAAGGAUAGUUCAUGUUAGACCUUUACAAAAUGCUCAGAUUAUGCAUAUGCUGAUGGAUUCAAAUGUUUCAGAGUAGGUCCUUGUUAAGCUGUUUUUAAGAAGAAUACAGCUGGACUUUAUCCAUGCACAGAUAAAACUAAUGAUUCAAUGCACAGUAUUGACAUAUGUGCUGGAAUCGAUAAAGAAGGUUGUGUAGAAACAGUAUAAAAUGAUGGAAAAGUUUGCUAUUGGAAUCCAAGUUCAUCAACUUGUGAAGCUUGGAGCAGUAGUGCCUGUAGUAAUUUUGAUAAUACCAGCCAAACUGCAUGUCCAAAGUUUUCUUGUGAUUACAAUGCUACAACAGGCAAAUGUACAACAAGGACUUGUGAUACUAUUGCUGUUGAAACUGAUUGUACUAUGGUUUGGGAUAUCACACAAUAAGUAGCUACUUAAUGCAAAUGGGUUAACUCAAAAUGCACGGAAUUUGAUUAUGGAACUUUGACAUAGCCUACAUGUUUGAUGGGAUCAAGUUUAUCAUACAAGUGGAAUUCAACCACAUCUAAGUGUGAAGUGUGUGUGUAACCAAAAAGUGAUGACAAUACAGAUGAUACAUCAUAUUCCUAGUUGGUUUAAGCUGUGUUUGCCAUAUUGAUAUUUAUAAUGAUAUGA